CCUCGUCUUCGCAACAGCCGCACCGCCGCAGCGUCGGGAGCGACGACGCGAUGCAGGGCGACGUGCGCCACGACGGAGGAGCGGGUGGCGAAGAUCAACCACACCACGACGACGACAUCGCAGACCCGCCCGAAGUUCCACACGCCAAGCCUGCUGCGGUCUCCCGGACCUUUACGCGGCGGUUCACGCGCGACAUCGGGGAGGAGAGCUCCAUGAUGAGUCUUCCUACGGGGCAGUCCAGUGCGCUGGCGCUGCGGAGCGCGCGGGACGGGGAAGAAGGCGAGCCGGGGUCCUCGACGGGAGCAGGAGGAGGUGUAGCUCCCGCGGAAGGGGAGCUGCCCGUUGGUUCUUCACCAGGAGGAGACGUUGUUGUAGACGGGAAAAAGACCGUGCAGUUCGAUGAACCGCUCCGGGAGGCCGGCGACAUCUCCGACAGCGAGAUUCCGAUGGAGGACCGCAUCAUGUCGGUGCACAGCGACUCCUUUAAGGAGAUGUCGCAAAAAGCCAAAUCGCCGACGGAUUUGCUGCGGGAAAAAAAGGAGGCCCGGCGGAAGAAAAAAGUGGAAGAGCUCGACAAGCAGGCGCUGCACGCGGGCAAGGGGCCCAUUGACUUCAACCAGCUGAUGUUGGAGAAGCGGCGCGCCCGCGCCCCCAAGGAGGGCACACCCGAAUUCGAGGCGCUAGUCAACGCGGACAAGUCCGCCGGGCGCAGCGAGCGCGGGCGGCGGUACGCGGAGCAGCGGGUCCGGGACGGCAAAGGAGGGGCGGCGGACCCGGCGAAGAUGAUUGACGACCAGCUUCGCCUGCUGAAGGGCAAGGGCAAGAAGUCUGGGCGCGGCCUCAUUCAGCUGCCGGGAGAGCGCGGCCACCGACGGCUCUCGACGCUGACGGCGGAUGACCUGUACAAGGCGCGCUUGGGGCACAAGAUCCCGUUGAAGAAAGACGGCGAGGUGGACGGGGAGCCGCGGUCUCGGAGCGCGGAGCGGGCGGAGAGUUCGAGUCCGGACGACGAGGCCGGGCGGGGGCGGACCGCCGAGGCCGGGGACGGUGCCCGGGAGCGGGCCAGC